CUCGUUUACCACGCGAUAUCAUUUGGAUUCAUAUCAGCAUAUAUACCGCCUACCAUGUUAUCCAGAGAUGUGUUGAAACGAGUACACCCUUGACUGUAUCGCUUUUGCAACAUUUGGAAGGACAUUUAGGAACGUCUAUGCCGCAAUAGCCAGUCAUAAACAUUUAAACGAUUUAUUUAACCUUCCGUGUCUGCAAGAUGUUUCAGAGGAGUAGAAACCUACGAGAAUUACUCAGCCUUGUGCCUGGCAAACGUCGCUUUGGGGCGUACAGGUUUCUUCCUGUCUUCUUUUGCAUCGGAGGCGUCAUGGAGUGGAUCAUGAUCAACGUGAGGAUAGGAAAAGAAACCUUCUAUGAUGUGUACCGAAGAAAACGAUCAGAGAGGGAGUACCAGCAGAAAGUAUCAGAAGGUCUCAUAGUUGUAAAUGAGCCUGCAGCCAAGUAAAAUAUGCUUUGGCUCACCGUGGACUUCUUUGGAAUUUUGCAAUGCUUCCUACCUUGGAAUUGUGCACACUUCACAAUCAGUGACUUUAUUAAGUUAUAUGAAGAAAAUACUUCAAAACAUGCACAUUGUAUGGUUAAUUGCUGUUUUUUUUUAAUUUAUUUUAAGAACUUCCAUAUACUGUAUGUUCAUAUAGAAUAUAGUAUGGUUAUAACAGCUGACCUGGCUUCUAUAUACUAAAUGGCACCUGCCAAAACAGCUUUGGUUUAACUAACAAAAUGAAAUAUAAAAACAUACAAUCAAGUGGGUCAGAAGCACACUUUGGUUAUUUCAGUUGUUCCAUCCGAUUGGGAGACUUUGCAGGCAGACAAAGCUGUUAGGGUGUUUCCACAGCAUGAUGGGGUUCCCAUCCAGCCUCAGCUCAAACAUGUUGCUUCGGAUGUAAUAGCUGGUGUUUCCUUGGCAGAAUGUCUCAUCGGUUAUGGUUGCAAUCUUAUUGUUCUGUAGGGGAAAUGGAUCAUAAAAGCACAGCUUAACCUUUGAAUAAAUGUGAAUAUUCUUCAUAAAUACAGUGCUCAUGUUGAAUUGCAGUGGAACCUCCAAAAGUAAACAACCCGUGAUAAAUGAUGUAAAUUAACCUGUUGUAAUCUGUUUAGGGCUGCAACGAUUGAUCGAUUAAAUCGAUCAUUCGAUUAGAACAAAAAAAUUAAGAUUUACAUUCUGUUGCUUCGAGUAAUUGUUUAAGGAGUGUGUAAAUAACAAAAAUGUAUAAAAUCCAGACUGCAUGGGGUAGCCGGAGUGCCCUUUAAAUAUAUGGACAUAAUUUCCACACGGCUGCCGCAAUAAAGCGCACAUACUGUAUGUGGUGAUGUGUUAGUGCUGUGAUCUGUGUUGCAGCGAACAGUGCAGAGUUCUUGUUUUUUUACUCUUAUUUAUGCACACAUGAUAAAAGCAAGUAGAUUUUUAUUUUUUUAUUCAAACUAUUUUCCCCUAAAACAGGCCUAGGCAAUUAUUUUGACUCGGGGGCCACAUUUAGAGAAAAAAAUGUGUCUGGGGGCCGGUAUAUCUGUUUUUAGGAACACUAGUACAAAACCUCACAAUAAUGUCUGAUUGAAUGCCAAAAACGUUAUGACAGACCGCCUUAAAAAACGUAAUGGAAUUUUAAAUGUAUCUAUGAACGAUAAAACACUGAAUAUUGACAAAAAAAGAACGUCACACCCACUUUCGAUCGACAUUUUUUACAAUCAAGUGAAACGCAACAAAAAUGCAACAAACAGUGAAAUAUGAACGCGAAGGGUACAAAAUAAACCCACCGACAAUCUGAUAUAUGGGUUAUAUCACUAAGCUUUAGAACUUUGUUGUGAAAAUCUCCUUCCGCGUCUGUGGAAACGCUUCCCGCCCACGCUGCUUGGUGCCUCGUCUGAGCUGCUGUGACGUUGAUUACCAUAGUAACUAAUUAGAUGACCAUAGUAACUAAUUAGAUUACCAUUGUAACUAAUUAGAUGACCAUAGUAACUGGUAUCUCAUCCCAAAGCGCACAUUCCAACCAUUGAAAUACUUUGUAUAGUUGAAGACUUACGGUCCUUAGAAAACAUCCCUGCACAUCAUAAUGGCAGCUACAGUUUCCAUCUUAAAGAUCUAAAAAAAUUAUUUGGGAAUGUCCGGCGGGCCAGAUUGAAAAGCUCAACGGGCCGCAUGUGGCCCCCGGGCCUUAAUUUGCCCAGGUCUGCCCUAAAAUAUGCAUUGAGGCUAAAACGUGUGUUUGAUCUGAUCGUUCCUCCCCACAAUGCGCUUCAAAUGUUGCAGCUUAAUAUUGCCCAUUUUUUGGGGGUGGGGAACGCUCCCAAAUUAAGCAUUUUCAUGCAUAAAAUAGCUAAAUAAACUAAAAUGUCAAUACCGUAGUACCACAGCAGUCACAAGACAUUGAUACAAUGUGUGAUUAUACGUAUAUGUUUUUUUAAAACUGACUUCUAAACAUUGUUGCAAAAUAGUUGUAUUUGUGAAUUGAGAUAACGUUGACGUCAAACGUUGGAUCCACGUUGUUGGUUUGGAAAUUACCAAAUUGCAAUGGUCAAAUUAACGUCACAAACUGACAUUGAAUAAAUGUAAUCA